UGAAGUGUUGGUUGUUUUGUAAUAAUGGCCUUGUUUUUAUUAUGAGUAUAUAAUUUGUGAACAAUUUUCGUGAAACAAUAUUGUUUAACACAGAACAAUGCGUUUAUAUUUAAAAAUGACCUCAAUGAAAGAAGAUGACAAGAAAGAAAUCCCGGAUUUCAUUCGUGAUCCCCAGACUGGCUGUACUUACCAAAGAUUACGGUUUUUUGGAAAGGGGGGUUUUGCAAAAUGUUACGAAAUGCAAGAUCUAGCUACAGAGCAAGUAUGGGCGGGCAAAGUUGUUUCCAAAAAACUGCUUGUGAAAAAGACCCAAAAAGAGAAAACUGCUCAAGAGAUCUCCAUCCAUAGAUCACUUCGACAUAAACAUGUGGUGGGAUUCCACAAUUUCUUUGAAGAUUCCCAGAACAUAUAUAUUUUAUUGGAGCUAUGUAAAAAACGGUCGAUGAUGGAACUGCACAAGAGGAGAAAAGCCUUGAGUGAGCCAGAAACAAGGUUUUACAUGCACCAAAUAUUGCUUGGUGUUCAGUAUUUGCACCAUAAGUGCAUUAUACACAGGGAUCUGAAACUGGGCAAUCUCUUCCUUGAUGACGACCUGCAUGUUAAGAUUGGUGACUUUGGCCUAGCUGCCAAAAUUGAAUAUGAAGGAGAGAGAAAGCAGACUGUUUGUGGUACACCAAAUUACAUUGCACCUGAGAUUUUGACUAAGAAGGGACACUCGUUUGAAGUUGACAUUUGGAGCUUAGGUUGCAUUAUGUAUACGUUGCUUGUGGGCAAACCGCCCUUUGAGACCUCCACACUACAAGAUACAUACAAGAGAAUAAAGAAGUGCGAAUACAAUGAGGGGAUAAGCAUGGCAAUAGAGGUGUGUUGUGGUCCAUGGAAAACCCUCGGUGCGCGAUAUGCGCAAGCCGUUAUCAACAAUAAUACACUUAGACAAGAAUACAGAAUACCAUCGGCUCUCCGAAAGCCCGCUGCUUCAAUGAUAGUCCUGCAGCUCCAAGCGAACCCAUCUCUUCGUCCCUCUGUGGACAAAUUGCUUCAGCAUGAGUUCUUCUCAUCCGGGAUAAUGCCGGCGGCUCUGCCAGUUUCUUGUUUGACCACAGCUCCUCGACUUGACCAGUUGAUUGAGGGUGAACCAAUACACAGACGACCACUUAAUGAAGUUAACAGUAAUGACAUGAUGGCGGUAGAUUCGCCAGUGAAGCCCCAAGUACCAGCAGAGCUCCGAGCAGUGGAACCCACCGCCCACAGGAAGGACCUUAUGACGCUUCGUGACCAAAUUGCUUCGUUGCUCACUAGCAAGCUGAAAUGCCGUCCCGAGUGCCUGACUGAUGAGUUAAGUGACCCUGCAGCUCAACCAUUGGUGUGGGUCGGGAAGUGGGUGGACUAUAGUGACAAAUAUGGCUUCGGAUACCAAUUGUGUGAUGAAAGUGUUGGAGUCAUGUUCAAUGAUACAACCAAGCUUAUUAUGCUUGCUAAUGGAGUGACCGUCCACUACAUUGACCGACAAGGCAAAGAGCAGUAUAUGACAAUGCACAAAUACCCAUCGGAGCUGGAGAAGAAGAUGAAACUCUUGACUUACUUCAGAAGAUACAUGACCGAACACCUUAUGAAAGCAGGUGCAUCAGUAUCAGUGCGGGAGAGUGACGGUCUGUCUCGAUUGCCUCAUCUCCACCAAUGGUUUAGAACAACUCUGGCCGUUAUCAUGUACCUGACCAAUGGCACGCUACAGAUUAAUUUCCAAGACCACACAAAGAUCAUACUAUGUCCUCUAAUGCAAGCGGUGACAUACAUAGACGUAGACAAAAACUUCAGAACAUUCAGAUUUGCAACGAUCGAGGAACAUGGCUGCGACAAAAAACUCUACACAAAUCUCAAAUAUGCUUUAGAAAAAAUGAACAGUAUUUUAACGAACAAGUUGUGUUAAAUUAGAUUUUGAAAUAUAUUUUUACAUAUUUUAAAUGUUACCCGGUUAAUUUUUUUGGGUUCCAAUAGACGAUCGAAUUAGCUUCGUAAGUGAAGAGGGCGAGUCUGUUAUGAUGUGUAUUGAAUAAAUUUUUGGAUAUCUUUCAAUACUAAAUUUAUUUGACAGGAAAUUUACUGAAAAACUUUUGAUUUACAUAUCGACGCUAAUAUUCAAAUAUUGCUAUAUUCAACAUUUAAUAGAUAGCAUUAUAACCGGAAACAGAUUUUUAAAUAUACCCAAAGGGCAAGAGUUAUGAUAAAAAGUUUACUCAAGGAAUUUCAUUUUUAAACAAAUAUUAAUAAAACUUUAAAUCUCCGCCUUAGAUUAUGUGUAUCAGUACAAUAUUACCAAAAUUUGACUUAAUAAUAUAAUAAUUGAUUUGCAUGCACCAAUGAAAUUUGAAUUUAAUUUUCAAUAUUAAUAAUUUUAAUUACAAUUUUAAUUUAGUGUGAAAAAUUAAACCUCUACAACUUACACAGAUUUUACUUUAUACUAACUGAGAAAUAUAAUCAAAUUAUUUGGAUCUAUAUUGUAGAGAAUAGCAGACUUGGUCCCUAAUUUCCCAUUUAUUAGCGAUCAAUUUUACUAAGGAUUUUUAGAACAUUGUUUAUCCACAUUCCACUGGUUGGUUUUUAUUAUUUUGACAUUUGUAUAACUUAAAGUAAGAUUAUGAUUGGAUAUGACAUAUGCAAGAAAUACUUAGAGCUAAGUCUGAACUUAGAGCACAUACUUUCUGGUCUAAUUAUUUAUUAAGUGCAUGGUAAGCAAGAUGUUAGCAAAUUCUUUUUUUAUUCACUUGUGAGCUAAGUCUAUUUUUUUAACUAAGUGCUGUACUUAGCGCUAAGUAUUGAAUUUUAAUCUUACGUUAAGCAUGCAUUUUAAAUUUCUUAUUUUACAGUUAUAGAGCGAUUAUGAUUGGUCAUGACAUUAGAGGGAUAUAAUAUGAAGUUUCAUAAUUAUUUUAAAUUUUUCACUCUUAAAAUAUUUUUAUCCAAAAGCAUCAUGACUGAAACACUGGUGCGAUAUAAUGAUCCUUUGUAUUGUUUUUAGUUUUAUAAACUCUUAUUUUUUAAGGUUGUGUGCUUCAAUAUUUGAUUAUGACUAAUUCUGAUGUUCACAAUUUAGACAAUCUAAAUGAUUGAAAGUCAAAAUAUCUUUUAUUAUAUAUAAUUAUUUUUCCAGGUGUUUGCUAUUGGCCAAAUUAAAGAAGUACAUUUAUUUAUUUAUAAUUAAUAAAUAUUGGUUGCAUUUUGUGUACAUUUUAUAGUAUCGGUCACAUGUUGUUUUUUGAUGGCAGGGUUUAUGAUGACUAAACUAUUUUUAGUCUAGAUUUGAACAUCAGAAAUAGAAUUGUUGAUCGGAAUAUCUGAGUAUGAUUUUACGAUGUUGAAGCACUGCAUUUUUAGCAACAUUUCUUAGAAAAUAAUUAUUAAUAUUAUUACGCUAAUUAGAGGAUAAUAAUUGACAAUAAAGGUUUUAAUAAAA